AUGGCAACGAUUCUAUUUGAAGAAGUUGAAAUUAAAAAUGAAAUAUUUGAAGCCAAUGAUACAAUGAAAGACGGACGAAUUAAAAAUGAAAUUCUAGAAGAUAGCAACAGUGUUAAAAUGGAAGAAAUACUAGAAAACAGUAGUGAUUUUAAACAAGAACAAAUCAAUGAAAACGAUACAAUUAACAAUGACAAUUUUAAACUUGAAAGACAAUUGAACCCAGAAUUAUUUAGUGUUGAUACUGAAGAUCAACAAGCAUUCUCAAUUGAACAUAAAUUGACUCAUAGUGAAAAAAAUACUUUUUCAUGUGAUAAGUGUGAUAAAACAUUUAAUAGACAAAACAGUUUGAAUAAACAUAAAAUAAUACAUUCUGGUGAUAAACUAUUUUUUUGUGACAUUUGUAAUAAAAAAUUUACAAGACAUUGGAGUUUAGUUCAACACAAACGAAUUCACACUGGAGAAAAACCAUUUUUAUGUGAUAUUUGUAAUCGGGCAUUUACUGACGCGAGUAGUUUAGUUAAACAUAAACGAACUCAUACUGGUGAAAAACCAUAUUUAUGUGGUAUUUGUAGUCGGGCAUUUAACGACGCGAGUAGUUUAGUUAAACAUAAACGAACUCAUACUGGUGAAAAACCAUAUUUAUGUGAUAUCUGUAGUCGGGCAUUUACUCAUGCGAGUAGUUUAGUUAAACAUAAACGAACUCAUACUGGUGAAAAACCAUAUUUAUGUGAUAUUUGUAAUCGGGCAUUUACUGACGCGAGUAGUUUAGUUAAACAUAAACGAACUCAUACUGGUGAAAAACCAUAUUUAUGUGAUAUUUGUAAUCGGGCAUUUACUGACGCGAGUAGUUUAGUUAAACAUAAACGAACUCAUACUGGUGAAAAACCAUAUUUAUGUGAUAUUUGUAGUCGGGCAUUUACUGACGUGAGUAGUUUAGUUAAACAUAAACGAACUCAUACUGGCGAAAAACCAUAUUUAUGUGAUAUUUGUAGUCGGGCAUUUACUCAGGCGAGUAAUUUAGUUGAACAUAAACGAACUCACAUCGAAAUUAAAGUAUUUUCGUGUAAUCUUUGUACUAAAUCAUUUGCCAGACAAAAUAAUUUAGUUCAACAUAAACGAAUCCAUAGUGGAGAAAAACCGUUUGUAUGUGAGGUUUGUAGUAAAGCAUUUAAUUAUUUACGUCAUCUACUUAAUCAUAAAAGGACUCAUAAUGGGACAAAAAGAUUUUCAUGUCGUAAUAAAACAUUUAAUGAAAAAAGUAGUUUAGUUGAAAAUAAAUUGGUUCACACCACGAGUGCGAGUGGUGCUAGUGACCACGAGAAAAAGGAACAUUUAUUGCCAGCUAUUUACGAAAAUAUUAAACUUGACAAACAAUUAAAUACAGAAGUCACUAUUAAAAAUGAAGAAUAUCCCGAUAAAUCGCUUCAUACCGUAGAAAAAACAUUUCCACAAAAUAAAUCUAGCGAAAACGAGAAAAAGGAACAUUUAUUGCCAGUUAUUUACGAAAAUAUUAAACUUGACAAACAAUUAAAAACAGAAGUCACUAUAAACCCCGAUCAAUCGCUUCACGCCAUAGAAAAAACAUUUUCCCGAAAUAAAUCUGGUGAAUGCGAGCAAAAGGAACAUUUAUUACCAGUUUUUAGCGAAACUAUGAAGCUUGAGAAACAAUUAAAUACAGAAGUCGCUAUAAACCCCUAUAAAUCGCUUCACACCGUAGAAAAAACAUUUUCACGAAAUAAAUCUAGCGAACACGAGAAAAAGGAACAAUUAUUGCCAGUUAUUUACGAGAAUAUUAAACUGGAAGAAAGUGUUACAAUACAAGAUGCACACAUUAAAAAUACGAUAUCGAAAGAAAGCAAAACUGAUAGCAUGGAAGAGAUGCCUGAUAACAAAAGUGGUAUUAGUUGGGAAUCUGAACGAAGUCAUAAAAAUGAGGAGCAAAAAUUCAAUACAGAAAUAUUGUCCAUUAAAGAUGAAAUAUUAGAUGCGAAUGUUUUAGAACCACACAUUCAAAUUAACGAUCAACCAUUUAUAUCUCGAAAGUUUGGUUUAAUUAAACAUAAACGAAUUCGCUCGAGAGAAAAAACAUUUUUAUGUGAUAUUUGUAGCAGAGCAUUUAAGAGUCGAAGUCAUUUAAAUGAACAUAAACGGACUCAUACUGGUGAAAAACCAUAUUUAUGUGAUAUUUGUAGUAAAUCAUUUAGCCAUGGGAGUAGUUUAUUUAAACAUAAACAAAUUCACACGGGAAUGAAACCAUUUUCGUGUGAUGUUUGUAAUCUUAGUUUCAAUAGACAAAGUAGUUUAAAUACACAUAAAUUUCUUCACACUGGUGAAAAACCAUAUUUAUGUGAUAUUUGUAGUAAAUCUUUUAGCCAUGGGAGUAGUUUAUUUAAACAUAAACAAAUUCACACGGGAAUGAAACCAUUUUCGUGUGAUGUUUGUAAUCUUAGUUUCAGUAGACAAAGUAGUUUAAAUACACAUAAACUUCUUCACACUGGUGAAAAACCAUUUUCAUGUGAUAUUUGUAACCGAACAUUUAAUAAGAAAAGUAAUUUAAAUAAACAUAAAUUGAUUCAUAGUGGAGAAAAACCAUUUUCAUGUGACAUUUGUAGUAAAUCAUUUUCAGAUAAAAGUAAUUUAAGUAAACAUAAACGGGGUCACAUUAAGACUGAGAUAACACGAGCCCAAUCGAUUUUAACACAUGUUUUUUCAACUGCAAGUAUUAUUACAAACAAUUCAAACAAAAAACUUGUCUUGGAAAAUCUUAAAACCAUCUCACAUAAAAAAAAACAAGUCGAAAUAAAAAAUGAAAUAUUUGAAGCCAAUGAUACAAUGAAAGACGGACGAAUUAAAAAUGAAAUUCUAGAAGAUAGCAACAGUGUUAAAAUGGAAGAAAUACUAGAAAACAGUAGUGAUUUUAAACAAGAACAAAUCAAUGAAAACGAUACAAUUAACAAUGACAAUUUUAAACUUGAAAGACAAUUGAACCCAGAAUUAUUUAGUGUUGAUACUGAAGAUCAACAAGCAUUCUCAAUUGAACAUAAAUUGACUCAUAGUGAAAAAAAUACUUUUUCAUGUGAUAAGUGUGAUAAAACAUUUAAUAGACAAAACAGUUUGAAUAAACAUAAAAUAAUACAUUCUGGUGAUAAACUAUUUUUUUGUGACAUUUGUAAUAAAAAAUUUACAAGACAUUGGAGUUUAGUUCAACACAAACGAAUUCACACUGGAGAAAAACCAUUUUUAUGUGACAUUUGUAAUAAAGCAUUUACGAAACAAAGUUAUUUAAAUGAUCAUAAACAGAUUCAUACUGGUGCAAAGCCAUUUUUAUGUGAUAUUUGUAGCAAAUCAUUUACCCAAAAAAGAACUCUAGUUACUCAUAAAAGAUCACACACGGGAGAAAAGCCAUUUUUAUGUGAUAUGUGUAAUAAAGUAUUUAUAAGUCAAAGUCAUUUAAAUGAACAUAAACGGACUCAUACUGGUGAAAAACCAUAUUUAUGUGAUAUUUGUAGUCGGGCAUUUACUCAUGCGAGUAGUUUAGUUAAACAUAAACGAACUCACACCGAAAUUAAAGUAUUUUCGUGUAAUCUUUGUUCUAAAUCAUUUGCCAGACAAAAUAAUUUAGUUCAACAUAAACGAAUCCAUAGUGGAGAAAAACCGUUUGUAUGUGAGAUUUGUAGUAAAGCAUUUAAUUAUUUACGUCAUCUACUUAAUCAUAAAAGGACUCAUAAUGGGACAAAAAGAUUUUCAUGUCGUAAUAAAACAUUUAAUGAAAAAAGUAGUUUAGUUGAAAAUAAAUUGGUUCACACCACGAGUGCGAGUGGUGCUAGUGACCACGAGAAAAAGGAACAUUUAUUGCCAGCUAUUUACGAAAAUAUUAAACUUGACAAACAAUUAAAUAUAGAAGUCACUAUUAAAAAUGAAGAAUACCCCGAUAAAUCGCUUCAUACCGUAGAAAAAACAUUUUCACGAAAUAAAUCUAGCGAAAACGAGAAAAAGGAACAAUUAUUGCCAGUUAUUUACGAGAAUAUUAAACUGGAAGAAAGUAUUACAAUACAAGAUGCACACAUUAAAAAUGAAAUAUCGAAAGAAAGCAUAACUGAUAGCAUGGAAGAGAUGCCUGAUAAUAAAAGUGGUAUUAGUUGGGAAUCUGAACGAAGUCAUAAAAAUGAGGAGCAAAAAUUCAAUACAGAAAUAUUGUCCAUUCAAGAUGAAAUAUUCGAUCCGAAUGUUUUAGAACCACACAUUCAAAUUAACGAUCAACCAUUUUUAUCUCGAAAGUUUGGUUUAAUUAAACAUAAACGAAUUCGCUCGAGAGAAAAAACAUUUUUAUGUGAUAUUUGUAGCAAACCAUGGAAACAAAGUAGUUUAAAUACACAUAAAUUUCUUCACACUGGUGAAAAACCAUUUUUAUGUGAUAUUUGUAGUAAAUCAUUUAGCCAUGGGAGUAGUUUAUUUAAACAUAAACAAAUUCACACGGGAAUGAAACCAUUUUCGUGUGAUGUUUGUAAUCUUAGUUUCAAUAGACAAAGUAGUUUAAAUACACAUAAAUUUCUUCACACUGGUGAAAAACCAUAUUUAUGUGAUAUUUGUAGCAGAGCAUUUAAGAGCCGAGGUCAUUUAAAUGAUCAUAAACGGACUCAUACUGGUGAAAAACCAUAUUUAUGUGAUAUUUGUAGUAAAUCAUUUAGCCAUGGAAGUAGUUUAUUUAAACAUAAACAAAUUCACACGGGAGAGAAACCAUUUUCGUGUGAUGUUUGUAAUCUUAGUUUCAAUAGACAAAGUAGUUUAAAUACACAUAAACUUCUUCACACUGGUGAAAAACCAUUUUCAUGUGAUAUUUGUAACCGAACAUUUAAUAAGAAAAGUAAUUUAAAUAAACAUAAAUUGAUUCAUAGUGGAGAAAAACCAUUUUCAUGUGACAUUUGUAGUAAAUCAUUUUCAGAUAAAAGUAAUUUAAGUAAACAUAAAAAGGGUCACAUUAAGACUGAGGUAACACGAGCCCAAUCGAUUUUAACACAUGUUUUUUCAACUGCAACUAUUAUUACAAACAAUUCAAACAAAAAACUUGCCUUGUAAAAUCUUAAAUAAAUUAAAGAGAAACUUACACAAAACAUUUAUGCCAAACA